AUGAUGGCCACAUUCAACUUGAGCAGCUUCAAUUCAGGCCCAUUCAUCCUACUGGGAAUACCAGGGCUGGAGCAGUUCCACAUCUGGAUUGGGAUUCCCUUCUUUAUUAUCUACCUUGUGGCCCUUGUGAGCAACAGUGCCCUUCUCUACCUUAUUUACAUGGAGCGCAGACUUCACGAGCCCAUGUUCUUUUUCCUCUCCCUGCUGGCUGCUACAGAUCUCAUCCUGUCUAAUACAUGUGUACCCAAAACCUUCAGCAUCUUCUGGCUAGGUCCCCAGGAAAUAACCUUUCCUGGAUGCCUUACUCAGAUGUUUUUUCUCCAUUACAGCUUUGCCAUGGAUUCUGCUAUUCUGCUGGCCAUGGCAUUUGAUCGCUAUGUUGCUAUUUGCUUCCCUCUAAGAUACACCACUAUUCUCACCCGUCAGAUUAUUACUAAGAUUGUAAUUGGUAUUGUCAGCAGGAGCUUUUGUAUCAUCUUUCCAUGUGUGUUCUUAUUAAAGCGACUGCCUUUUUGCCAAACACUCAUCAUUCCCCACACAUAUUGUGAGCACAUAGGUGUUGCCCAACUUGCCUGUGCGGAUAUCUCCAUCAACAUCUGGUAUGGCUUUGCUGUUCCUAUAGUGACUGUUACAUCAGACCUAAUCCUCAUUGGCAUCUCCUACGCUCUUAUCCUUCAUACUAUCUUUAACCUUCCAUCCCAGGAUGCCCGCUGGAAAGCCCUCAACACAUGUGGUUCCCACGUUUGUGUCAUUCUUAUAUUCUACACACCGGCCAUGUUCUCUGUCCUCACCCACCGUUUUGGUCACAAUAUUCCUCACUCCUUCCACAUACUGAUUGCCAACCUCUAUGUAGCCAUCCCUCCUGCACUGAAUCCAAUCAUUUAUGGGGUGAAGACCAAGGAUAUUAGGGAAAAAAUCAUCCUACUCUUUUUUCUUAGAGGGACUAAGUGA